AUGCUCGAAAGCCAUAUCACGCAACUGCAGAAUGGCGAUUUGGGCAGCAGCGAGGUGGGAUUCCGGCGGGCUGUGCCCGCACAGUCUACAGCACCAGACGAGCGCGAUACCGCCCAGGCUCCAGGCGGCGACAGCUCCACGUUUGAGGUCCUACAUUUUGCCCAGAACGGAGACCUCACUUACAUGGGUCCAACUUCCGUUCCGCCUCGCCAAAUCCAGCCCAAUGCACUAUUUUCCGUUGGCGCCCACGACGAACUCUUAUCUCUUUACUUUACCCACUUGAACGGCUUCAACGGGUUCGUUGACGAAGACGCUUUCCGACUCGGCAUCGCCAAAGGCGCCCCAACAGAUGGUUAUUCCCUCUUUCUGCACCUCUGCAUCCUGUCGACGGCUUUGCACAUAUCGCCCUACCGCCAGCAGUACGGCUCUGUGUUCAUCCAAGCAGCCUACACGAUGCUGGCUUCCGAAAUAGAUCGACCCAAGUCAACUACGGUCAUUGCCAUGGUGCUUCUCUCUCUUGAGGCCAGUGAAUCUGGUUCCAGUUCAGCUUGGAUCUUGUCUGGUAAGCAGUUGAGUAAAGGUAACCUAACACCUUAG